AUGGCAAGAAGAAAUGUUCUCAUUACAGGUUGCUCCUCAGGAAUUGGACUGGCCUUAGCUGUAGCAAUGGCAAAAGAUGAACAGAAAAGAUUUAAAGUGUAUGCCACAAUGCGGAAUCUGGCCAAGAAAGAACAACUCGAGGAAGCUGUCGGUCGCAGGCUGGGCAAAACCCUCGAAAUUAAACAACUGGAUGUCUGUAAUGAACAAUCAAUUAAAACUUGUGUGAAUAGCAUCCCUGACAGAAGGAUUGAUGUCCUAGUUAGCAAUGCCGGAGUGGGGCUCAUUGGACCUAUCGAAUGUCAGUCCAUAGAUGAAAUGAAAACGGUGAUGGAUACCAACUUCUUUGGACUGGUUCGACUCCUGAAGGAGAUUUUGCCUGACAUGAAGAGGAGAAAGAGCGGCCAUAUAGUUAUAAUCAGCAGUGUUAUGGGAAUACAAGGUAUCUUAUUUAAUGAUGUUUAUGCUGCAUCUAAGUUUGCCGUGGAAGGAUUCUGUGAAAGUUUAGCUAUACAAGCACUGAAGUUCAAACUGCAAUUAAGUUUGAUUGAACCAGGCCCAGUGGUUACAGAGUUUGAAAGAAAAGUGUUUGAGGAUGGAAUGAAAAUGGAUCUUUCAGCUGCAGAUGAAGAAACAGCUGAGAUGUUUACUAAUAUUUACCUUAAAAAUUAUAAACAAAUUUUCCAGAGCCUGGGACAAAGUGCUGAAGAAGUUGCAGAGCAUACAGUAAAGAUAAUUCUUGCAGAAAAUCCACCAUUUCGCCAUCAGACCAACACCUUGUAUACUCCAAUGACAACUCUGAAAUAUGCAGAUCCAAAUGGAGAUCUACCCAUUGAUAUAUUCUACAAAAUGGUUUUUCAUCAUGAUAAAAUCUUCAGUGCGAGUCUUAACUUUAUCAAAUUGCUAAGGUGGAGAAGCAGAAAGAGCUUUGACCUGGGAAAACCCUCGCAAUAAGUACGAACUUCUGUAGUGCAAACUGGAAUUACCUGGAGCUGAUAACGCAGGAUGUUGUUAUUCAUAUGCCUUUGUAGUUGUGAAAAGGCAUUCAAGAUAUUUAUAUGAGCCUAGUUAAGAAAUUCAGCUCAGUGUGUUUAUCUUGAACUUGACAGUUUGCAGAACCAUGAAAUUAAAAUCCUGUCAUUAUAGGUUUAUUCCAUUUCGAUUGCUUUUUAGAGACCUGUUUUCAUGGGAAUACAAACAUAGUCACAUAUUUCAUAUUAAGCCAACAGAAUGUGAUACAUACCAAGGUGUGUACUGUAUGUAACUUUUAAAGCAAUUCUCUUUUUACUUUUAAGGACAGACUAUAUUCAGUAGAGCAAUCCCUCCAUUCUCAUUUUCAGAAAUUGAGUCUGUUUAUCAGUAACGUAAGAGAAAGUCUUUUCAGUCUUAAACAAUUGCAACUGGAAUAUUAAUUAUUCAAAUAGAUGCUAUAGCACUCUGAAUGCUUCCUUUAUAUGCAGUGGCUACUGGGAUAUUAUACACA